AAUGAGGGGAGUCUGGAGUUAUGGAAACAAGGAGGACACGAUAGAGAAAGUUUCUUCGAGGAUUUGGGAACUGUUGAUGGCGCUUGGAAUUGGACAACCAAUUCAGGAGAAAGUGUUGCUACGGUCGAAUUCCGAACAGCACCGGUGAAAUCAUUUCUUUCUGCGGGCCUGUGUUUGGAAGUAGAUAACAGCGGAGUAGUAACAACAUUGUGGCGUGGAAUUCCACCGCUCAUUCCGGGAACCUGAGGACGCACGAAGUUUAGUUUAGAACCUGUUGCUUGCGUGCACUUUGGAUACUAAUUUACUGACUGUGCACAAUCUGCUCGGUUCUAAGUGUGGCCUAUCAAAGACUGGAGAGUUAGAUUUGAUUUCAUCUCAUUGAGGAUUGUAGCCUAGCCUACUAUCGCGGAGCAAGUUGUAAGCUUCCAUCAAGUGCCAUGCAUGGCACCUUAUUAUCAAAUAUGAGGGAGAGGGAAAGUGUCAGAUUCAAGACAACAGCAUGAAGACAUAGACACAAAAUAACGUCAAUGCUUUCACCCAAGUGGGGAAAAAACAUCACUCAAAGUAUUGAAUGCAAUUUCGCUCAAACAUGAGUUCUUCCGGCGGCAGAAAGGUAGAUAGGCUAUAUGUCGGCGUGUUUGACUUAUUUCAAUGGAACUGAAAUUCGGAAAAUAAUUUUAAGUAAUUUUCCCCAGGAAAGAAUUGUUUUUGGGUAGCUUCAUCUUGCGACACGUUGUAAAAAUAGCGUGCACGUUGGGAGUUACGAUGCUGGUCUCUUGGGUCACAUUUAUUCAAGCGUUCCUAAUACUGCUGGUGAAAGGAGCCGACCAAUGGAGCCUCCGGGAGUCCUCUAACUGCGAGCUAAAAAGGAAACAAAGUGAUCUGAACUCUUUCCUGUGGACCAUCAAACGUAACCCUCCGUCCUACCUCUACGGCACGAUCCACGUUCCUUACACGCGCGUCUGGGACUUCAUCCCAGAGAACUCCAAGAAGGCUUUCCAGGAGAGUAACAUGGUUUACUUGGAGCUGGACCUGACGGACCCCUACACCAUCUCAGCCCUGACCAGCUGCCAGCUCCUCCCCCAGGGGGGAACCUUACAGGACGUUCUACCCAGAGACAUCUACAGACGCCUCAAGAGGCACUUGGAGUACGUGAAGCUCAUGAUGCCGUUCUGGAUGACUCCUGACCAGAGGGGUAAAGGCCUGUACGCUGACUACCUGUUUAAUGCCAUAGCGGGGAACUGGGAGAGGAAGAGGCCUGUGUGGGUGAUGUUGAUGGUGAACUCGUUGACGGAGGCGGACAUUAAGACGAGGGGGGUCCCGGUGUUGGAUCUGUACCUGGCCCAGGAGGCAGAGAGGAUGAGGAAGAGGACAGGAGCUGUGGAGAAGGUGGAGGAGCAGUGUCACCCGCUCAACGGACUCAACUUCUCUCAGGUGAUCUUUGCCCUGAACCAGACCCUUGUACAGCAGGAGAGUGUGAGAGCAGGCAGUCUGCAGGGCUCCUAUACCACUGAGGACCUCAUCAAGCACUACAACUGUGGAGACCUCAACUCCAUCAUCUUUAACCACGACACCUCUCAGGUCCCCAACUUCAACAACGUGACCCUGCGCCCCAGCGAACAGAUAACGGCCCAGGAGAUAGACAGCUACUUCAGACAGGAACUGAUCUACAAGAGGAACGACAGGAUGGGGAACAGAGUUAAGACUCUGAUGGAAGAACACCCUGACAACAGCUUCUUCUUCGCCUUCGGAGCAGGUCACUUCCUGGGCAACAACACAGUGAUUGAUGUGCUGAGGAGUCAAGGCUAUGAAGUGGAGCACACUCCUGCAGGGCAGCCCAUUAACAGUCGAUCAAUAUCGGCCCCCGACCAGACGGGUCAUUCUCUGGGUCACAACCUGGAUGAGUCCCCUUACCUGGAGCCGUUCCUCCACGAACUUCACGAUGAGGAGCAACAGCACCCUCUGCAGGACAACCCACUACCCAACAUACCUCGUCACUCCCCCAGCCUGGAGCUGAUGGACAAGAUGGACCGCAAGCUGAAGAAGAAACGACGUAACAAACAGAGGAAACAUCAGAGAAACGGACAGUUUAAUGACCUCUGGGUUCGCAUCGAAGAGAGCACCACAGUCGAGUCCCCUCCUCCGCUGGUCCGUCUUGUUAAUGGUUACAUCACCGUACGGCCUCACCACCACGACCACGAGAGAGGCCACGCCCACGCCAGAGCCAAUUACAACAGGUUGUUUUCAGGCUCCUCCGCCUCUACGCCCUUGUGUGUCUUCUGGUUACUUUUUACAGUGUUGGGUCACAUCUGGAUUCUCUAGUAGCAGGUCUGUACAGGAGGUUACUGGUUCAAAACCCUCCUGCUAAUAUCUGGACUCUCUAGUAGCAGGUCUGUACAGGAGGUUACUGGUUCAAAACCCUCCUGCUAACAUCUGGACUCUCUAGUAGCAGGUCUGUACAGGAGGUUACUGGUUCAAAACCCACCUGCUAAUAUCUGGACUCUCUAGUAGCAGGUCUGUACAGGAGGUUACUGGUUCAAAACCUUCCUGCUAACAUCUGGACUCUCUAGUAGCAGGUCUGUACAGGAGGCUACUGGUUCAAAACCCUCCUGCUAAUAUCUGGACUCUCCAGUAGCAGGUCUGUACAGGAGGUUACUGGUUCAAAACCCUCCUGCUAACAUCUGGACUCUAGUAGCAGGUCUGUACAGGAGGUUGUUGGUUUAAAAUCCUCCUGCUAACAUCUGGACUCUAGUAGCAGGUCUGGUCUAAAGCACGAGGUUAUUGGUUCAAAUCCCUCCUGCUCACAAUGAAUCAUCUAUUUCAACACACAUUGGGGGCGAAUCCAAACUUUCCCUUACGUCAAAUUUUCAGUUAAUCAUGCAUUGAUGUCGAGUGACAAUGUGACUUAAAGGAAUACAUCAGGAUUUUGGCAAUUAAGCCAUUUAUGUACUUUCCCAGAGUCAGAUAAACUCAUGGAUACAAUUUGUAUGUCUCUGCAUCUAGUAUGAAGAAAUGUACAGGUAGUUUCGCGAGCCAAUGCUAACUACUAGCAUUAGCGCAAUGACUGGAAAUCUAUGUUAUCUACUAGCGUGAAAUUGCACUGACGCUAAUUAGCGACUUCCUUCAAAUUUCCCUCAGGGGCAUGAAAAUGGUGUCCACAAGUUCAUCUGACUCUGGAGAAGUAGAUAAAGGGCUUUAUUGCCAAAAUCCUGCAGUAUCCCUUUAAUGGAAGUUAGGAUUUGUCCAAAUCUCGACUGGAUCUUUUACGUGUUUAUUAUUUCAAAUGUUUUUUUGUUUUGUUUUUUUGUUUUUACAGCAGCAAUGUAUUAUAAUAACCCAAACGGCUCUUACUCUGACAAGGUUGUUUUCUUCCAAACCCCUUCAUUCAUUUAUUCUUCACUUUUUGAAGAAUGUGUUUUGUAUCAUAUAAUACUGUGGGAAUUGUAUAUAUCUACAUAUUAUAGAUUGUAUUUUUAGAAAUAUUACAUUUUGAAAAUGGUUGAAUGUGUUUUGUUUAUUGUUGUUGUUUAUAAAUAGAUACAGUAUAUUUUCUAGACUAAAGCUGGUACUAACCACCAUAACCCGUAUUUGACAGCCUGGUUCCCGAUCUGUUUGUGCUGUCUUGGCAUUGACCAUCGGCCAGGGGUAUUGAAUUCCGAGCCUGGAGGUCCAUAAUACUGCUGGUUUUAUGUUCCGCCUGAAAAUGUAUUUCAUCCACCUGGUGCCCCAGGUCUAAAUCGGUCCUUGAUUUAGAGGCAAUCAGCAGUGGAACUGGCUUCAAGGUCAAUGUUUUGAAUUGGCUAUGUUAUAGGAGUUGGCAAGACAGCACAAAUAUACCUGGAACCAGGCUACAUAUCUCCUCUAGGUUGUAAUGUGAUGUCUGGGAG